AUGACGACAGCUACCAUGGACCAGCGACGGCAAGAUGACUUUGAAGUUAUGCCCUCCAAAGAAGCCCUCGCAUCCGACAAAUGCCACGGGGUCGUGGACAAAGGCGAAAUAUGCGUUGACAAAACCACGGCCCUCCAUCGUGGACUCAGAUCUCGACACACCACUAUGAUCGCAUUGGGUGGCGCUUUGGGAUCUGGCUUGAUCAUCGGGACUGGCUCAGCUCUGGCCGGUUCAGGACCAGCUGCCGUUCUAAUUGCCUAUUCGGUGGUUGGCUUCGUGGUCUGGCUCAUGUUGACCGGCCUCUGCGAGAUGGGAACAUAUCUGCCGAUCGCAGAGGGGUUUACUGGCUACGCCACUCGCUUCGUCGAUCCCGCUUUGGGGUUUUCUCUGGGGUGGUCCUAUUGGAUUAAGUACGCCAUAUCAACACCCAACCAAUUGACCGCUAUUGCAUUAGUUCUUCAAUAUUGGGUACCUCGGGACAAAGUCAAUCCUGGAGUGUUUAUUGCUAUCUUCUUCGUGAUUAUUAUCCUCAUCAACUACUUCGGCAUCGGGUUCUUUGGAGAAUUCGAGUUUUGGCUUUCGUCCUUGAAAGUUCUCAUUCUGUGCGGCGUUAUUAUUCUGUCCUUGGUACUUGCCUGCGGAGGCGGGCCUGACCACGAUCCCAAAGGAUUUCGCUAUUGGCAUGAUCCCGGGGCCUUUAACGAAUUCCGCGUUACAGGAGCGCUUGGGCGUUUUCUCGGCGUGUGGAACAGUAUGGGGAUUGCGACAUUUGCGUACUUGUCGACCGAAUUUAUCGGAGUCACCGUCGGCGAGGCACAAAAUCCACGUCGGACGAUCCCUCGAGCGGCACGCCUCAUCUUUUAUCGGAUCUUCUUCUUUUAUAUCCUGAGCGUCUUCUUCCUGGGCAUGAUUGUACCUUACGACUCGCCCAAGCUCGCCUUUGCGACGAAACAGGCCACCUCGGCUGCGGCGUCACCCUUCGUCGUGGCGAUUAUCCUAGCCGGAAUCGAGGUGCUGCCGGGGAUCUUGAACGGCUGUAUCUUGGUAUUUGUCUUCUCGGCCGGAAUCUCGGAUCUGUACAUCUCCAGUCGUACUCUAUACGCUUUGGGUCGGGACGGGAAGGCUCCAGCAUUUGUCGCAAAGACCAACAACCGAGACGUCCCCGUGGCUGCUUUAGCUUCCUCGGCCGUUUUGUCACUUCUGGCCUUCAUGAACGUGUCGAAUGAUUCCAAAAAAGUUUUCGGCUACUUCAUUAACUGCAUUACCGUGUUCGGGUUGAUUGUCUGGAUCUGCAUUUUCCUCAGCCACAUCAACUUUGUGCACGCACGUAAAGCACAGAAGAUCCCGGAACAGAACCUUCGAUAUCGUGCGCCAUUGGGUAUUUGGGGUUCGUGGGUCGCACUGGCCUUCUGUGUUCUUAUCACGUUUACCAAGAACUUUGCGGUCUUCAUCCACACCGCGACCAGCGAUUUCGACUACAAGAACUUCAUCACGGGGUACAUCGCCAUCCCGGUGUUUCUCGCUAUUUUUUUGGGAUACAAGCUCGUGUAUGGAACAAAGGGCGUCAAACCGGCCGAAGCGGAUUUGCAAUCUGGGUUGUCCGAGGUCGAGCUUCACGAGAUGGAGUUUGCCGCGAUGGAGGCCGAGAAACGGGCUCGGGCUCGGGCCCAUCAGACAAGGCUGGGAAGAUUCUACCGACGGUAUAUUUCUUGGUUGUUCUGA